AUGAAGUUCACCACAGCCCUCGUCACCAUUUUUGCCUCUCUCGCUGCGGCUGCCCCAGCACCACAGGAGGAGGAGCCCUCUGUUGUGUUCGGCAUAGCUUUCACUUAUGAAAAUGGCACGUCGACCGAUCUCGUGGACGUACCUGAGACGUUUUCAGGGUACCCCAUCGACAGCAACGGCAUCGUGACCAACGUCUUCAUCUACCCCCCGCCCGGCCAGCCCGCCAGGUGCGCGUUCCUUGAGCCGGAGCCCAGCAGACAAGGUCUCGGGGCAUGGAUGAUUGCCAGGCCGACAAACAUCCUCCUCAGCGAGCCGGGAGAGAUAGGCUUCGUGCAGUGUAACAGGGCCUAA